AUGGAGGCAAAAACCACAUGCCGGUGGGCGGCGCUGUCGCUGUCCAGCAUCGCCUCAGUCUUCCUUCCAGAUCUACUCGGGCGUGAAGACGCACAAUAUGAACACAAGCUGGUCGCCGUCAGUACGACGGGCUCAAAUGAGCGCGCCCAGAUAUGGUUCAAGGACAACAAGAUCCCGGAUCCCCAGGGCAUAGUCGUCUACAACUCAUGGCAGAUCAUGUUGGAGCAAGGCGACUUUGAUAUCGUGUACAUCUCAACACCGCACCCAUUGCAUUAUGAACAGGUUUUAAAAGCCCUUCAAUGCAACAGAAACAUCCUGGUCGAGAAACCGGCAACCAUGAAUGCACUGCAAUACCGAAAAUGCAUCGAACUUGCGAGUCAGCAGGGUGUCGUGCUCAUGGAAGCGAUGUGGACACGUUAUCUGCCUGCAACAAGAUACCUCCAAGAAGAGCUCUUACCGAAGAUAGGCAAAGUGAGGAGGGUUUACUCGGAUUUCUCUUUCCCCAUCGUCGGACCGGACCUCCAAGAUACGUCUCGAUUUCUAGACAAAGCAGCUGGUGCGGGUGCUCUCCUAGAUCAGGGCGUCUAUGCACUGACUUGGGCGGAUCUUGCACUGAAUGGAGUCGAGGUUGGUGAAACAAACGUGGCGCACGCCAGUUCUUGGAGCGUUACUGGAAGGCCUAGCGAGGUUGACGACAUCAAUACUGUGGUGCUUACUAGCAAGGGUGCCACCGCUAUCGUCACGACCAGUAUGACUAUUCCUGGAUCGAGCAAGCCUCCGUUCUAUGUUCGCCUUGGUGCUCAGAAAGCGGCUCCUUCUGUUAGGAUCGAAGCCACAGAAGCAUCGGUGGCUAUUCCUUUCCCGCCUAUUCGGCCGGAGGAGCUGUAUGUGCAAUGGUACGGAUAUGCUCACUUGAAUGAGGAUGGCACGGAAAAGAACGAGAUCAUUAAGAAACCUAUCAGUGGUUGGGGGAUAUGGUAUCAGGCGGAUGUCAUUGCGGCGGCAGUAUUCAACAAACAGCCGGGUGUAAUAGGGGCCCAGGAGAGUUUGAGGGUGUUGGGAUGGAUGGAUGAGGCCAGAUCACUAGCAGGUAUAACGUAUAACGAGAAGCUGGAGCAAGUGUAG